GGGUCUUGUGCAUGUCUUCGACAACAUCAUAUCAACCAAUUCCCUCUGACGAAGGCAGUUCACCCGCCAAAACCGCCUCUCGUUUUCCAUCCCGAAAGACUCUUCUUAUUUCUGUACUUGUCUGCAUCCUCGCAGCAUUUGGAUCGUAUAAAGCGUUCCUUUCGUGGUCUCUUGAACAACCGUCUCCUCAGCUAGACAGUAUCAAAGGGGACCAAGCAUUAGAGUCUCAAACAUCUUCAUCCAUACCGCCAGCCCCAAGCGAUACGCUAGAAAUGCAAGGUCAAGGAAAGUACAGCGUUGGAUACUUUGUAAAUUGGGGGAUAUAUGGUCGCAAAUUCCCGCCGUCGAACAUCCCUGCCCAAGAUUUGACCCACAUCCUUUAUGCAUUCGCUGAUCUGAGACCUGACUCGGGCGAAGUUGUCCUCUCUGACGCAUGGGCGGACAAAGAUAUCCAUUACCCUGGUGAUUCUUGGAAUGACGUCGGAAACAACCUCUACGGGAAUCUCAAGGCCAUCUAUAAAUUGAAACAGCAAAACAGACACUUGAAGGUCCUUCUCUCAAUCGGAGGCUGGACAUAUUCCCCUAAAUUCCAUCCUAUCGUCGUCAAUCCUGCGCUUCGUGCCAACUUCGUGCGGUCUGCGGUUCGUCUACUCGAGGAUUAUGGCUUCGAUGGUCUCGAUGUGGACUAUGAAUAUCCCUCCAAUGAAUAUCAAGCUCGUGGCUAUACUGACCUCCUACGGGAACUCAGAAUAGGCUUAGAUCAGCACGCUCAGAUGAAGGGAAUCUAUCAUAGAUUCUUGUUGACAAUCGCUGCACCGUGCGGACCCGACAAGUAUGAAAAGUUACACGUGCGUGAAAUGGAUCAGUACCUCGAUUUUUGGAAUAUGAUGGCGUACGACUUCUCUGGUUCCUGGGAUUCUGUUGCCAAUCAUCAAGCCAAUAUUUACGGUGGACCUAUCAGCGCCUCACAGGCGAUCUCCUGGUACAGCGCUAACGGCGUUCCUCGCUCCAAGAUGGUUCUCGGGAUUCCGUUGUACGGCAGAAGCUUCAUGAACACAUCCGGUCCUGGAGCACCAUUUUCUGGUAUUGGGCCAGGCAGCUGGGAACAGGGUGUCUACGACUAUCGUGCUCUUCCGCUCCCAGGCACGUACAUGUUUCAAGAUGACAAGGCCCUUGCGAGCUGGUCCCACGACUACCAGAAGCAAGAGAUGGUAAGCUUUGACAACGAGCAGGUCGGGCAUUGGAAGGGUGAUUGGAUUCGUCGUGAAGGUCUUGGAGGAAGCAUGUUCUGGGAGCUUAGCGGAGACAAAGGAAGCAUGCGAGAGGGGAUGGAGGGUGGGUGGGGAAAGGACCCAGCGCCUGGUAGGAGCUUGGUUGCAACCGUCAAGAACGCUAUGGGACCAUUGGACCUGAGCCCCAACUGGCUGAGGUACGAGGGCAGCCAAUUCGAUAACCUGCGCAGUGGUACCAUUUAGUCUUAUCGGUCGCAUCACAACACACAGAAGAUUCACGUCUGUUUCCAGGACGAUUACUGUAACAUCACAAGCACUUCAUAGAACUUUGUACGCAUUAAUACUGUACCAUUUCAUUCAAUUCCAUAGUCACGCGUAACACCUGUAUCAUGUCACGAUCACACCGCAAUGUCACGCUGUGC